AUGUGUUACGAUUAUAACGUCGCCAAUUGGGAGUAUAAUUUAGAUAUAAACAAUUCAACGAAAGAAGAUGUUUAUUUAACAAAAGAAUUUACAAGAAGACAUGCAAACGUUCUUACUAAACUUGCAGAUGCUGCUUUAGAAGACGACGAGUACGAAGAAUUAACAGAUAUUAUAAACGAAAUGACAGCCAUUUACAGCAAAGCUACAGUUUGUCCAUAUAAAAGAAAGAUUUGUGAUUUAAAACUUUCUGGGUUACCUUUAGAACCAGACAUUGAAGAAAUUUUUGCUAAAUCCAAAGAUUUAAAAGAACUUUCAUAUUAUUGGGCGCAAUAUCGACGACAAACUGGAUUCAAAAUAAGACCAAUGUUUAAAAGAUACGUUGAAUUAAAGAAUAAAAUUGCGAAAUCGGAUAAUUAUUCCGACUUUGGAGAGUAUUGGCGAAGCGAAUUCGAAAUACCUCAUUUAGAUGUAAUCGUUGAUAAUCUUUGGAACGAAAUUAAGCCUUUGUACGAUGAAUUACAUUUUUACGUUUUAAACAAACUCAAAAAAUUUUAUGGCGAUAAAAUAGAUGUUUCGGAUGGAUUAAUUCCGGCUCAUUUAACUGGUAACAUUCACGCCCAAACUUGGAUAAACAUCCUUCCAAAAAUCCUCCCAUUUCCCGAUUCGCCCUUAAUCGAUCUAACAACAUCCCUUAAAAACCAAAAUUACACCGUUUUAAACAUGUUUAAAACGGCAAACGAAUUCUUCACCUCUCUAAAUUUAGAAGAUAUGUCAAUGGCUUUUGGACCAAAAGGUGUAAUUGAAAAAUCAUCAAAAACCAAAAUGAUUUGUCACCCCAUGGCUUGGGAAUUUUGCCGAAACGAUGAUUUUCGAAUCAGCGUAUGUGCGCAAGUUAAUCAACACGAUUUCUUUUUAAUCCAUCACGAAUUGGGGCACAUACAGUAUUAUUUGCAAUACAAAAAUCAACCGGUUACGUUCAAAGAUGCCCCAAAUCCAGCUUUUCACGAAGCAAUCGGUGAUGUUAUCGUGUUAUCGGUGAUGACACCGCAACAUUUAAUGAAAAUAGGAUUAUUAAAUGAAGAUUAUAAGAUAACUAAUGAAACGACCAUUAAUAAUUUAAUUUCUCUAGCUGUAAAUUAUGUUACAAUGUUACCUUACGCCUUAAUUUUGGAUAAAUGGCGAUGGGAUGUUUUUAGUGGAACAAUUAGCGAAGAUAAAUGGAACGAUGCUUGGUGGAAUUAUAGGAAAAGUUUCCAAAAAAUUAAGCCACCAGUCGGUAGAAAUACCAAGGAUUUCGAUCCAGGAAGUAAAUACCACGUGGCCGCUGAUACCCAAUUUAUAUCUUAUUUUUUAGCAACUAUAAUGGAGUUUCAAAUUUAUAAAGGAAUAUGUAUAAAGGCUGGGCAAUAUCAUCCUGAUGUUCCAUUCACCGCUCCUUUACACGAAUGCGAUUUUUAUAAUUCAACUAAAGCUGGGGAAUUAUUAAACCAAUUUCAACAUAUUUUAGUAAUUAAAGUACAUAUUAGAGAAGUGAAGUUCUGCGCGACAAUUUCUUGA